GCACCAUCAAUAAUGGCGGAUGUCGCUCGCGAAAAAAAGUUGGCAGCUGCCAAGAAAAAGCUGAAGCAGUUCCAGCAGAAAUCUGGGCGCACGCCCAGUAGCUCACCUGCUCCGCCCAAACAGAGAUCCAGCUCGGUGAUUGAAAAAACUAACAAGAAGAACAGCGAAUCAGUUAAACAGAACUCGAAUAGUUCACCUCUCAUUGAGAACCAUGCUCCAACCACGCCCCCGCAUAACAAUCAAACAACAGCAAGGCCAAUAUCGCCAAUAAAGCCUGUUUCAUCGACCAAGCCGUUAUCGCCAGUGAAAUCUCUGCCGAACAACAGGCAUUCUCCAUCCCCACGGUCAUCGCCAGGACAAGAUGGACAGAGCCGACGAUCGCCGUUCAAGAAUCUUGGGAGGACAACGCCCUCCACAGAAGGCCUGCAACAGAUCUCACGACAGUUGAACGGACUUCUAAAUGAGGCAUCAGUGCAAAGCAUUGGUGAAAAUAUGUCUCAGAGUUAUCUCAACGGAACAGAGUUGGUGGAUGACCCUGGUAUACAAGAGCUGGAGAUGCGGAACCGCGAGCUCGCAGCCCUGCUGGAGAAGCACAGCCAGGCCAAUCAGCAGUUAACAUUAACAUGCCAGGAGUUGAAAAGCCACAAUAAUCAUGUGAAUGAACAGUUGAUAAAAGAACGGUCCGAGUUCGAGGAAAGAUUGAGAAAAGACAUUGGUACAUUGAAGGAGCAGCUGCAAGUUCACAUUCAGACCAUCGGCAUCCUCGUUGCAGAGAAAUCUGAACUUCAGUCUGGUCUGAACCAAGCUCAGAAAACUGCUGAACAGAGAUAUGAAGAAGUAGAGGAACUUUCAGGGCGGUUGAAAGCGUCACGGAUGAGAGUCGCUGAUCUGGAGCGCAACCUGUCUACGGCUUCUAAUAGUAGUCAAACUUAUGAAAAGAGUAACAAAGAAAUGUCCAAGGAGAUUGAUCGACUCAAGUUAGAUUUAUAUAAAGCCAACAAAAGCGGCGAGGAUCUCCGGCAGCAGAGUUCUGAAUUACAAGAAAAGCUCCAAGCGAAGGUCUCUGAAUGUUUUGGUUUCCAACAAUCCGUCGCCGAUUUACGUCAUGCCUUAGAAAUGAAAGAAGUGCUCAUCCAGCAGUUAUCAAAUCGGCCAGAAAACCCGGAGGAUAUGCAACUGAUCGAACAGUUACAACAAGAAAAGAUGGAACUGUCCAAUCGGAUUGAACAGUAUAAUGAAGCAUUCCAGAAACUGACAACAGAACGGGACCAGAUUGCUGAGCAAUAUCAGCGCUAUAUUGAACAGCUUCAACAGAAAUGCCAAGAGUUGGAGUCUCAGAUCAAUGCCUUAAAUCGUGAAAAAGAAUUGCUGAUCAAGACCCAGAAAGAGUUAGAGGAAUCUGUCGAGAGAUUACAGGAACAGUUGGCCAACGCGCCGCCCAGCGCUAACCCUCAGCUCCAAGAGACUAUACAGGAGCUAAGCCUGCACCUGGAGAAAGUCAAAUUCGAUUAUGGAGAACUACAGCGGAAGUACGAGGCGCAGAUUCAAGAUAAUUCUCAGUUGAGCAGGUUGGUGGAAGAAAAAGAAGGGAGGAUUGUUGAUUUGGAGUCGUCCAUUGAGCAGAUGGGGGAAGACACGUGUGAUAAGACAAAGUUAUUAGAGAAUAUUCAGAGUGAUAAGACGGCGCUGAGUCGAGCGAUGACGCAAAAUAAGGAACUCAAAUCUCAACUUGCUGAAUUACAGAAUGGCUUUGUGAAAAUGAGUAACGAAAAUAUGGACCUGUUGACACAGGUACAGUCAGAGCAGCAUAUCUCACAUGAGCUUGGUCAUCGACUCGGACAUCAAGAGGAAGAGCUGAAUGAAAUUAGACACCAGCUUCUUCUUAAAGAGCAGGAGCUGUCUCGGCUCGAGGAGCACAGCAAACAUGUAAACACACAGAUGUUAAAACAGGACCAGCUCGAGGACCGAAUAAAACAUUAUGAGGCCCAGGCCAUGUUGGUGGAGACUUUACAGAGGGAACUGAAUGCAUCUCAGGACACAAUCAAUGCUUUGACGACGCAGAACCAUGAGUUACAUAACAUGGUGGUGCAGGCAUCGGAGAAAAGUCAAAAAUCAGAAAGUCAGGACGGGGCUGACCCAGAGAGGAGCAGCCACAUGGUGGAAUCGAUGAACUCAUCCAUUCGCCAGUUAGAGAUGGAACGUAACCAGCUUUUGAGUCAGUACGAGGACGUCAACAAUAUGAAGGAGAGUCUGCUGACACGGGUUGAAGAACUCGUACAUGAGAAGGACAGUCACACACCAGCAAUGUUAAAUGGUACCCAAGUGACGAAAGAUCAAUUUGAUACGUUAUCACGUGCCAUGAAGAUGUUGGAGACUAAGUACACACAUCUUAUCGGAGAUAAAGCUGAUCUGAAAGAUGAAAACGAACAGUUGGAACAUCUGGUAAUGCAACUUCAGGGGGAGACAGAUACAAUCGGGGAGUACAUCUCACUGUAUCAGCACCAGCGUCAACUGCUCCUACAACGGGAACAACAAAAAGAAGAAUACAUUGGCUCGUUAGCUAGGGACAGGGAGGAAAUGCAGGGAAAACUCGGCCAACUUCAAGUUCUAGUCAUGCAAUUGUUACAAGAGCGUAGCAUGCUGCACACAUAUCACCAGAAUUCAGCGCAUAAUGCUUCCACGACAGCCAACCAUUUUCCAACAACAACUACAACGACGACAGCGUAUUCAAACCAACCAUCGACAUUCGGGGCAAACUUGGACAGUUCACAGUUAGACGAAUUGGGUAUUAAUCCCGAUCUAGUGCAGCCGUCUCAAGUUAGCAGCAUCAAGUAUCAAGAGUAUUGGCCAGAUUACACAAGUGAUUCCUCCGCCGACAGCGACAUCAGUGAAGUUGACGCGAUCGUCACAACGCGCGCCGAUGUUGCCCAAGAUGCAAUGCAAGUCGAAAACGUGACCAAUGAAAAUGCAACCAGUAGUCAACAAGAACGACAACAAUGGGACAUUCCAGUGCAGGACAAUACGGCGCAGAAAAUCAUGCAUUUACUGUCCGAAAUCGGCCACUCGAACGUUGUCGAGAAAGUCCCGUUCACUGAACGAAACUUUUUACCGUGUGCAUGCUGUACGGGGCAGUUACAGGUUGUUUAAUGACUAGAGUUUGGCUUGCUUGAAGCUGAGUGGCUAUGAACACCAAGAUCCACCAAGAUCUGUCUCAAUGAUUAGUAAAACCUCAAAGAGUUAAUCCAGCAACUACGAAUCUGUGAUGGCCAUGUAUCAGUAUAAUAUCAUCAGCUUCAAGCAGGUUCAAACUAGGCACUGUGAUAUCUAAAUAUUUUUCUAAAUAUUCAACCCAACAUGUACACAUUAUAGAUUAUCAGGAGGGUUUGACAUUAUAAUCGUAAAUAAAUUCAAAUUGUCUAUCCGAAUUGGUGGCGGAAAACUCUUCCGUUUUAUAUUAUUUUUAAGGGGGCAUUGACUUUGUGUAAAUUUAACUUUUGAUUAUUCGGAGCUGGUAUAUAUCGAUGUUCAGAUGACAAUUUUUUUCCAACUGUUCCAUUUUCAGUGUUUCAAAGACAUUCUUCAGCUUUAACCGCAGUGGACCCCAAUUUUUUUUCAAAUGUGCCAAAGCAGUAUUGUUUAUUUUUUGGACACAGGUUUUGAAUUUUUUCGGCUUGGUGUUUCGGCGAAUCUGCUUUUCUUUUUGUGUGAAAAAGAAUUAAAGUAAAUUUCUUGCCUGAUUUCUGUCAUAAAGGAGGAGUAGAGUUACCCGUACUCCUCCUUAAAAACCAAUUAAAAAAUUGAUUUCGGAAUUUGCAAAAUAUCUCCUCUUACAUGUUCAGUGGUUAAAAAGAUUAAAAAUGCACAAAGUCAGUGCCACUGUGGUCUGAUUGGCACUGUGUGCGCAUGACCUUUUGACCUCUUCUAUAUCUUGUGCAUAAUCACCAAGCAAUGGGAAUAGGGAAUCAAACAAAUUGCCAAAUAUGGGUACACCCAAAAAUAUAUAGGAGAGCCUUAUAUAUUUUUGGUACGCCUGUAUAUGUAUAGUGUUAUUUUCUUAAUUCUUGGCGGGUAUGCAUAUAUAGAUCUCUUUUACCUGUUUGUUUUUGAGAAUCAUGUAAAUUUCCAGCAAUGAUUUUGAUAUGUAGCCAGACCACUUUAAACAAGUAUAAAUAUACAAGCAACAGUGGUUGGGUCUUGGCUAUUGUAAAUGUUGUAUACCGUACGUGUGUGCAAGUUUCCAAGAAAAUGGAGCAGAUGUUAAGGAUUUAAAAAUAAAAUGCCCCAAACAGUUGGUGGCUUACAGAAGUAAGUUCUUGAAUUUGGUUCGUGAAUGAAAGUAGCUAUUGAAAUUCUGAAUCAGUCUCUGUACUUAAGCUGGUCUUCAUAUCUCGGACUUCUGCCAAAAUCUUAUGAAUGUAGCUUGCAAGUUAGGCCUGAAUUGUUUUAUUGGGAGACAAGGAAAAUAUGUUUGAAUAAGUUUUUGGUUGAACCCAUGUCCUCAUAUAGUUUUGUUUUCUGAACUUUUAUGCUACCUGAUAUGACAUAAGAGGGUCUUGCUGAGCUGCCUCAGUGAAUUUUGGACCAAACGGAUGACAUUUGCAUGCUAAUAUUUAAUAUGCAGUAUUAAUUUCAUUAUUGAGACAUGCGCUGGAAUAUGUAGAUUCAGUUUUGGGGAAUUUUGUUCCUGUCACACCAAGCUCUGCUCAAAAUAUAUUUUGAAAAAAUCACUAUUGGCAAGCUACAAUUCCCAUUUUAUGCCUGCUUUUAUAUUUAGUUUCUUAAUAAAAAAUGACUGCAAGUUAUAAUACGGGACUCGCCCACCUGCUUUUAAAAAAUAUCAUUACCUGUAUUAACAAAACAGAUAUUGAUUUUCAACUAUCUAGGAUCGAUUUGGACUCAAAUGUAUCAUAAAGAACAUUUAUUAAUAUAUUUCAUUAUUUAUUGCCGUAUAAGACAAUUUAUGUUCAAGUCUCCAUCAGCUUUCUAGACUCCCAAAUAAGUGUCUUUACAGGCUGGUCCACCUGCUAUGCUAUUUUAUUGCUGUUUAGAGAUAAGCCUUUGGUUUGCCAUUGUGGAUUUGAACAAAAAUCUUGUCAGAAUGUAUCGGCAAUCAGAGAUAAUGUUGCUACUUCUGUUGACUGUGACUCAAAGUCCCCAGCAGAAUUUUUGUGUAGCCUUUAUCAGUUUUACUCGAACCUACAGUAGAACCUCUCUAUUAAGGACACCCUCAGGAUGGUUAAGUGCUGCCGUUAACAGAGAGGUGUCCUGAUUAGAGAGGUCCAAUUGAAUGCCAUGGAAACUACCACUUCAGGACCAAAACUAGUGUCCUUAAAAGAGAGUUUGUCCUUAAUAGAGAGUUCUGCUGAGGGAGGUUCCACUGUUAUUUGAUUUGCUAUCUUUCAAGAAUAUUGACAUUUCCAAUCAGAUUUGAAUAAAAUUGAUGUAUAAUCGAGGCUUUCGCUGCUAACAUGUAUUUAUAUGUAUAUAUGUACAGACUCUUACUUGUCAGGUGCAGAUAUCCAGUCUGGAAUAAACAACUAUUUUGUAGAUAUGCCAAAUAUGGUGUUGU